AUGGCAUUUAAAUUCUUCGCUCUCCUGGCUCUGGUUGCCGCUGCUAGUGCCGCUGUUCUGCCAGUUGCCGUUAAGCACAUCGAAUACCAUGAUGCUCCAGCUGAAUACCAGUUCCAAUAUUCCGUUCACGAUGACCACACCGGAGACAUCAAGAGCCAACAGGAGGAACGUCACGGAGACAACGUAGUUGGACAGUACACCCUGAUCGAUGCCGAUGGUUACCGUCGCGUUGUCGACUACACCGCCGAUGAGCACAAUGGAUUCAACGCUGUCGUUCGUCGUGAACCGCUGACCCACAAGGUCGUCAAGGCCGUUGUUCCAGUAGCCAAGAUUGUUGCUCCAGUUGCCCACCAUUUCGUUGCUCCAGUCGCCAAGGUCGCUUACCCAUCUUACUAUCAUCAUUAA